AUGAACAACUUCGUCAUCGCUUUCAUCACUCCGCCAAUGCUAGAAGGAAUCGAUUGGGGAACCUACAUCUUCUUCUCUUUCUGGUGUCUGGCUGGCGCCGCUUUCUUGUGGUUCUUCAAUCCAGAGACUGUUGGGGAAGAAAUGGAUGCUGCUUUUGGAAGUCAUAGCAGUCAGGAAGACAUGGACGAGCUGUGCCGGAUUCUGCAAGAGAUAGGCCUCGUAGACCUUCUCACGCGCGACCAUCAGGUACCAUCCGACGAGAAGGACGGCACGACGUAUACGGAGGUCAAGGUGGUUUAA